CAGGAAGACGGAAAGUAAAGGACUGCCAAAUUGUAGAGAAGGGUUUUUGUACGAGUAUCAGAAAAGCCAGCGGCAGGGACGUUUCGAUUGCUUUUGUUGCGAAGUUGGAGAUUGAGCUCUCCACCAAUUUCUGUUUGAAAAGUGCUAUCUUGGAUUCCAAAACUACUUUGAAUCGAUUCCAGCACUGGAACAAGCUGAUACGAAUUGGGCAGUUCAGAAGGUUAGAAAAGGUGAAAACUUUGAUCCGUUAACGCUUUACAUAUGUAGCAGAGUCUUCUACGUUCCUAUUGAAAGUUAGAGGUCUUGCAGAAAAAAGCUACAAUUCUUGCUGUUCUUUAAGCUGAAACCAAAUGGUCUGGUGGAUUUAAUUUUGCAGAAGAAGACUCUUGGAGUGAAUUACUUCUUUGUCAUUGUCAAGCAGGUGGGGAUUCCUGGAGAAGUGAUCAAUGGAGGGUGACAGGCUGAACUCCCCGAGUACAUGCGCAGUUAUGCUUGAAGCUUUGGGCCAUCAACUACAGUUUUCUCAGGAUCCAAAUUCCAAACAUCUGGGAACCACAGUUUGGGAUGCAUCUAUGGUACUUGUCAAAUAUUUGGAAAAGAACUGUAGGAGGGGAAGGUUCUGCCAAUCCAAGCUUAAAGGAAAACGUGCUAUUGAACUUGGAGCUGGUUGUGGAGUAGCUGGGUUUGGGAUGGCACUUCUAGGAUGUGAUGUAAUUUCAACAGACCAGGUCGAGGUUUUGCCACUGCUUAUGCGAAAUGUAGAACGUAACACUCAGAGGAUUGUACAAUCAGAGCAAAGUUCAGGUUCCUUUGGGUCAAUCAGCGUUGCUGAAUUAGAUUGGGGAAAUGAGGAACAUAUUAGAGCUGUCGAGCCACCAUUUGACUUCAUCAUUGGAACUGAUGUUGUGUACAAGGAGCAUUUGUUAGAGCCCUUACUGCAGACCAUUUUGGCUUUGUCGAGCCCUAAAACGACAAUCUUGUUGGGGUAUGAGAUCCGUUCAACAAAUGUCCACGAGAAAAUGCUUGCCAUGUGGAAAAACAAUUUCCAGGUGAAAACGGUGCCGAAAUCUAAGAUGCAUUACAAGUACCAACAUCCUAGUAUUGAGCUCUACAUUAUGGAGUUCAAACAUAAUGGUGGCGGUAUAAGAGCUAUAAUGGACCAUCAGCAAACUGAUCUGGAAACAGGAUCAGACGUAGUGGAAGAGGAAGAGGAGGAAUCUCAAGCUAGUAAUGAUUCUGCAGUUGAUAAUAUUCGAGAUUCUUUUAGUGAGAUUACUGAUCCAGAACAGCAAGCAGUUAAGUCACCAGAAGCAGAGGGGAUCACCGAUUGGGAAGCGAGGAGGAUUGGCUCAAUGGCUGCUAGGCUUCUUCGUGAUGUCAAGAUAACCUAAAAUUUUCAUACAUCUGGAGUACCUACUGCUAUUUAUCUUGGUAGUUAAGAUGCUUGGUACAUCCACUGUGAUACAGAAUUUUGGAAGAAAAGUAUUCUCGUAGCAGAAUGACCAUUUAUCAGUUAGCACUAAUGUCAUGAAUCUAGUAAGGAUUUAUGUUCCUUUAACUCUCCAUAGUUUAGCAGUGAGAAGGCUGUGAAAGCUCUGGUUUAUGGCCCAGAAGUGGUUUGCUUUUCAGAUAAGUAAGCAGCAGUAGUUGCACCAUUAAAUAACGAUUUUACACAAAAUAGUUUACUACUAACUUUUUCAAUUUAGCUUUCAGUACGAUUAAACAAUAUUUUGUUUGACUAUAUUUGAUUCUUGAUAGUAAGACCAAUUUGACUUUCCAGUGAUUUAUAGUAAUCAUGGUUUUCACUUCAGUGGAAUGUCAAUUUGUUAACCUUUGGUUCAAUUGGUGUUGGUAAUGAAAUCGGUGUGAAUAUCACUUGUACGAUUGGUAUGAUCGAUUUUUGGUCUAUAAAUACAAUGACGACGUUUAGUGGAUUUGAUUGAUAAAAAAUUAAUUUGAGCUUUAUUUCAAGAAUCUAAAAGUUAAAUGUUGAUGUUGUUUGUUGGGUUCAUGUAUUAAAGUUCUGAUGUUGAC